AUGGCAAAGUCGAAGAAGGAGAAAAAGGCGACUCGCCGUGAGCGCGAGGAGCAGCUGAAGAAAAUUAGUCAGAAAAUACAAGACAGGAUUCUGCUGGCUGAGGCGGCGGCCGCGGAGAGUGAGACCGAGGAGAUUGCAUACACGCUGCCCCCUACCCCUGCGGAGUUGAGAGCGGAACAAGAAGAGCAGCAGCGCCAGCAAGCCGCGAGCGUGGCGGAGGCCGAGAGGAGAGCAGCCGCAGCGGCUGCAGAGAAGGCAGCGCAGGCGGCAGCGGCUGCCCGCGCGGAGAAGGAUGAAGAGGAUCGAGUUGUGCUACCGUCUUUGGAUGGGAGCGAGGGCGGCGCGAAGGGUCGCCAGCACUCCUCCUCCGUCCUCGCCGGUCGCAAGCACCACAAGAUGACGUGGGAGGAGCUGAAGGUGCGGGCGGCGGAGCUGUACGGCCCCGAGACUACGGAGCUGGUCGAUCAGCAUGACGGCAAUGCUGCUGACCCCCUCUUCACUGUGCGCAUGAAGAUGGAGCCGCACACGGUGCCGGUGCCGCGCCACUGGCACCUGCAGCGAACCUUCCUCUCUCGUCAGGCGGACCGCGAAGAGGCGGUAGGCAUUGUGCCAGCAGAGGUUGCCGCCCUCGGUAUCGAGAGGAUUCGCGCCGCAAAGGAUAAGAUGGCGAAUCCGAACCAGGUCGCCUUCAUCUCGUGCUUCAUGACAGGCACGCCUCUGCAGCGCAAGACGUACAACAUCGAGCUGAGUCGGUGCGGGGAUGUGUUCUACGAGGGUAAGUGGCGGCCCAAGACACAUCACACACCGGGCGUCCUGUCGAAGCGACUGCGACAGGCACUCGGAAUCGGUCCGACAGCGCCACCACCGUGGUUGUACAGCAUGCAAACGAUGCGCCGCCUUCCUCCCGCGUACCCAGACCUGCGCAUACCUGGACUGAACGCCCCCAUUCCUGCUGGUGGGCAGUGGGGCUUGGGAGAGGGCCAGUGGGGUGAGCCCCCGCGCGCGGAGGACAACUCCUUCCUCUUUCCAGGCGUCAUGGACGAGGCCGCUGCCGCCGGCUCCACCCAGGCCGAUCUGUGCUGGGGCACGGUUCCCCCCCUUCUCAGAUCACACGAGGAGUCGUCAACUGCUGCCGGUGCAUCUUCGUCCAGCGCUGCAUCUGCCGCUCCUGCCACGGUGGCCCAGCAGGCCUCGCUGCGCCCCGCGCCGGCUGCUGGCCGGCCUGUCAUCACCCCCGUGCCCUUUCAGCCACAGGCCUACGUCCCGCAGCAAGCAAUCCCCGCAGCGUGCGUCACGCCGCAGGAGUACGUGCAGGUGCAGGACAACACGACCAACUCCACCGUCGCUGUGGGGUACGUGAUGAUGCCAAAGAAUGGGGUGCAGUCGCAGACACCGCAGUCACCACCGUCGCGGUACCCACGCCCGCCGGGUUCCUGA